CCCACCGUGGGUGCAUUUUGGCUCACGUUCUGCGCGCCAGACAUUACUUCCAUUACGUGCGAAGCGCCCCUGCUCUCCGACUGCCGUGUUCUUGGGUCGGGCGGGCCUUCCGUGCGUCGGCGCGGGAUGGAGCGGAUGCACGACGGUGCGGGAUGGAGCGUCGAUCGUCUGGAGCAGAGAGUCGAGGAGAUGAUCGAGUACCGCAUGAGUGGGAUCGAGCACCACAUGGUCCGUCUUCUGGAGCAGAGAGUAGACGUCGCGAUCCAUGGGCUGGAGCAGAGGAUGGAGCAGAGAACAAACGCUGCGAUCCAGGAAGGUUCGAUCCGACGGCUGCAGGAAAGAACAAACGCUGUAAUGGAAGCAUUCCAAUGGGCGGUGACCAAUUUAGAGGGAAGUCAGAAAGAUGCCGAGAGGCGUCUUACAGAAUUGGAGCAGCAGAGCGUCGUGCUGCCACAGCCGGGCGACAUCGCCAUGCCGCCACAGUCCGACGGAGCCGCCGUGGACUUACCGCAGCUCCUCGCGGACACCGUCGAGAGGAUCAAGUGCCUUUCGAUCAGGGUCGCUAUAACUGAGAACGACAUCGACACCCUCAAGGCCAUGGAGCCCAUUCCAGGCCCGCCCGGCCCCCAAGGCAUCCAGGGAAUCGAGGGCCCGCAUGGCAGGGAGGGCCCCGUGGGGCCCCCGGGCGAGGCGGGGCCCCCUGGCGCCAGGGGCCCCUGCGGGCCACGGGGCCCCCCCGGGCCAGAGGGCCCCCCUGGCGCCCGGGGCGAGCGCGGAGAGAAGGGCGCAGAUGGCCAGCGGGGCCCGACCGGAGAGCGCGGCGUGCAGGGCCACCCAGGGCCACAAGGGCUGCAGGGCGAGAAGGGGGAGCGCGGCGCCAGGGGCGACCCGGGGCCCAGGGGCCCGGAGGGCAGCGCCGGCCCUCAGGGCGAGCAGGGGCCGCGCGGGCCGGAGGGGCCCGUGGGCCCCGAGGGCCCCGGAGGCGACCCUGGGCCCCCUGGGCCCGCCGGGCCCGCGGGCUUGCAGGGGCCGCGGGGCGAGGCCGGCGCCGCGGGCAGCCCCGGGCCGUGCGGGCCGCAGGGCCCGCCCGGCAGGACCGGGGCGGCGGGCACGGAGGGGCCAGUCGCGUUCUCGACGACGAUGGUGGGCCCCGCCGGGCCGACGGGCGCGCCCGGUGCGCGGGGGCCGCAGGGAAGAGAGGGGCCGCAGGGGCCGCAGGGGCCGCAGGGAGGGAAGAGCGAGAUAAUCCAACACAUUAAGCUCCCUCCGAGCAGCGUGUGCGAGGGCACGUGCCGGGGGAGGUUCCAGAAGAAGCAGGUGCCCGAGCCGCGUCCCGAGACGCCGCGCCCCGAGCCGCGCUGCGCUGAGCCAGUUGUGGCAGCGCGCUGCGCUGAACCAGUUGUGGCAGCGCGCUGGGUUGAUCCAGUUGUGCCAGCUGCGGUACUGCAGUGCUGACCCAGGAUAGCUGAAUGCAACGACAGAGCAUGGUGAAACAGCGACGUCGGCAUCGUUGGCAGCUUCGGACAGCGAGCGUUUGGCGACGGGAUAUCGUGUCACGUAGAGCGCGCGCACCGCCGCCCCCGUUCUGCGGCAUCCUACGAACAGCAUCGUUUUACCGCGUCCGAGACGACCCGCAAAGUGGGCCGCGAUGGCGGCGUGCGUAGGAGGGAGUUGUACUCGCUUGGGGUGCACAUGCCGAACUGGACGCGCAGGCAGCGAAUAGCGAGCAUUAUUGUUUUUGCUGCUAUUCCCGUUUUUGUCGUCGUCGUCGCCCGCCCAGCGACUCACUCGAGACACGCCCGCGGCAAACCCAUUUUUUUGCAAACGAAGGGCCUCUUGUGACGCUCUUUGCUGUGAUGCGAAACUCGAAACUAGUGUCCGCAGCGGGCAUCUUCACACUGCAAUUCGGACCUCGCGACCUGCCGACCUUUCUCGAUGAGCGACUGCGGCGGGCCGACUGACGUAAGCGCGUGCGACGGGCUUGUUAGCAUGGGCUUCUGAGCCACACAGCCCCCCCAAGUCUGCCCAGGCACCCCUCUCAUCCGCAGUUGCGGGGCUCGAGUUGGUUGCGUUCACGUUUUGCAUGUGAUGCGAUGCUGCCAGUGCAGUAUGUUUGCUUGGCCUAGCCGCUGCGCAGGAGUUCUGAUCAUACAGCGAUUUCUGUUGGGAGCAGUGUCUUGGCA